CAAAUAAAUGGAAAAGAAAGAGAAGAAAGUCAUGUCAUCAGAGGGCUGCUUAGAAAUUUCUAGUGACAGAAAAUCAACCACCAUGCCUACCCAUCCCAUGCCACUACUAAUAUCCUAACUCACUAUUAGUUCAAUCCUAUCUCUUGUCUCUAAAAAUAAACGAAGCCAUAGUUUCAUAAAAUGGGGUGGGCUUUUGUGGGCAAGUUUGCUAUUAAGUGGGUACUGAUAGUUUUGGUUCAUCUCAAUGGACACACUAGUGGUUGCUUGGAAGAGGAGAGGAGGGGUCAAUUGGAACUUAAGGGUUUCCUCAAAUCCAACGGUGCUGAUGCAGACCGUAUUCCCCCUACCUGGGUUGACAAACCAGCAGAUCAUCAUCUGAAUGAGUGCUGUGAUUGGGAGAGAGUCACAUGCGAUCCCACCACUGGGCACGUGACUGAGCUCUCUCUGUAUAAUAUAAGAGAUAUAUCAUGCGAUGAAUAUUUUUACAGAUCUAGUGGAUUUUUCGGAUCUCGACUAUUUGAAGAAGAUUUCAGAGAAUACCACCCAGACAGAAUUUGGUUCAUAAAUGCCUCUGUCUUCCUUCCUUUCAAAGAGCUCCGAAACCUCAACUUGUCUUAUAAUUUAUUUAGUGGUUGGAUUGACAAUCAAGGAUUUGAAGGGUUGUCAAGUUUGAGGAAGCUGGAGAAGUUGGAUCUUGGUUCCAAUCUCUUCAAUGACAGUAAUAUGUUUCGAUAUUUGGGUGCUCUCGCUUCAAUUAAGACCUUGAUUGUUAGUUACAAUUCCUUGGGUGGAUACUUCCCUGCACAUGGCACAAUUAGUAGCAAUGAGAAACUUGGAAACGUUGGAUAUAGGACACAAUCGUUAUCUUGGCUGCCUCCCAAUGCAAGGUACGUGGCACUAUCUACUCCUGUGGUACUAAAAUAUUAA